AUGGCACCCAACCCUGAAGCCGCCUGGAUUUGCAUUUCGUGUUUUUGUCCAUUAUCUAGUUCAACGACCUCAGACUUAAAUCCUGAGCCCGGAAAUCCUAAAACGGACCAGGAACCAGAUAUUCGUCUAAGAAGAGGUUUAAAAAUUGCUCACUUAAAUGUAAACCGCCUAAUUUGUAAGUUUGAUGAAAUCAAAAAACUUAUUGAAAAACAUUCUUUCGACUUUUUGGCUUUGAGUGAAACUUGGCUAACAUCGAGCAUAAGCGAUGACGAACUCAAUAUAUCUGGUUAUACCUUUGCUAGAAAGGACAGGAGUGAUCCUGCGAAGUCACAAGGUGGUGGCGUGCUUGUGUAUGUUAAAUCUGGUAUCCCUUAUAGUAUAAUAUCGAGUCAGCCCAAUUCAACAGAUGAACAAAUUUGGAUUGACGUGGCAAGGCCUCAUU